UACUGAAAGGUAAAGAUGCGAAUUCACACUGCGACUUGUACAUCAGUGAGCGGAUACUUGAGCAGGCAGGCUGCCCUCACAGCCUGUCUGAACUGCUUCAUGUGAUAUGAACGUUUUCACUUCACCAGCUGAUGACUGUGUCUGCAGGCCUCAACGCAACAUGAUAACAUCUUUUCAAACACCAGUAUCUUCAGUGGGCAGACAGUGAGGACCAGUUGCCAAAAUGCGAUGUGUGUAGGGGACCAGUGGCGGUGUAGUGGCCCCAGGCGGGAUGCUGCUGACAGCCAGUCAGUAUGACUUUGCUGGACUUGUGGCUGUCGCGCUCCAUCCCCAUGUGCCUGCUCCUUCAGAGCCUUGUUCUCAUGGCCCUGUGCUUCCCCUCGGCCAGCAUGUGUCCCAAGGGCUGCAUCUGCCAACGCGACUCCCAUCUCCACGGCUACAACGUUACAUGCAGUCAGUCCCGCCUCAAAGAGAUCCCCCCCAGCCUCCCGGCCGACACUGUCCUGCUGAGGCUGGACCACAACCAGAUAGGCGCUGUGCCCGAUCAAGCCUUCCAUGGACUCAGACUUUUGAGGGAGCUCAAUCUGUCAUACAACGCGGUGGAGACCUUAGGGGAAGGUGCCUUCAGUGGCAUAGAGGCGACGUUACAGGUGCUGGACCUCUCCCACAAUCGCAUCACUAGCGUACACAAGGAUGCCUUUGCUCGGCUCAAAGCUCGCGUCAUUGUGGAUGAUAACCCUUGGCAUUGUGACUGCGCCCUCCAGCAGGCCAUCGGUGGAAUGGCCCACAACCACGAGGCUGCCGCAAGGGUCCUCUGCAGGAGUUCGGAGCUUCGUGACCAUGAGGGUCGACCUUUCUUGGCGGUGGACACUGACCUCUGUAACUUGGCAAAAAGGACCACAGACUACGCUAUGUUGGUGACCAUGUUCGGUUGGUUUGCCAUGGUCAUUUCAUAUGUGGUGUAUUAUGUCCGUCAGAACCAGGAGGACGCCAGACGCCACCUGGAGUAUCUCAAGUCUCUCCCCAGCAAGCCCAAGAAACCAGACGAGGCUGACGACAUAAGCACCGUUGUCUGACAGCAGCGUCAAAGUGACUCCAUCCCACACAAACCUAAAGAACACCAAAAUGUUUAUUGUAAAAGGACCCCCAUUUAUAGUGUUUACUAUUUGAAACUUUUAGGUGAUGUGAGCAUCAAAUCUGCUGAGAAAUCUUUGUAUUUUGGAAAUUCUGUUGUAUGUCCGCACCAGGGUUUGUUCAUGACUGAUGUGAGAUGGGAAGAGAGGGAAGGCCACAGAGUUGAAUAGUCUAACACCAAUAUUAUCUUUUCUACAAAAAAAAAAAAAACAAUGCAUACGGAGCUUUGAAAUUUGAAACUCAGGUUAAAUAUUGACAUGAUAUGGAUUUUUGUAGAUGAAAAUUUGGAAUAUCUAGAAAUAUAUUUGUAAGACAUAACACCCUAAACUUAAUUUCCCAGAACCCUAAUUUUGGGAUCUUAAAGCCCAUAAUGAAAUGCACAUUUCAAACACUUGCUAAACCAACCGCAUCUGUCAUGCCCAUUAAAAUGUAAUUUUGAAUAUUUAUAUUAGAAGUUCUGCACAGAAAUGUCAACAUUUCUGAAGCCAUGGACUGCUUAUGAAGACUAUUUGAUCUGUACAUUAUGUAAUACGUAGACCAUUAAAGCCUUGGAUAUGGGGUAUGCAGAUACGAGGUAGUCUUUUCUCCCUGUUUGCCUUCAGCUGUGGUAGCCUGUUCUGAUAUAGACAAAUCAAAUUGAAGACAAAUUUAACAGAGGCAGCAGGCACUCACUGAAUCAUUUAGUAAAUUAUGUCACGGCUAUGAAGAACACUGGACCCCAU